UUCAUCCGAAUAAACUCAGCGCUCUGCAAAUAGGACAACAUGUCAAACCAAGGGUUAAUAAAUCUGCAGAUCUGAUCUAUUAAACCGCGCAUGGAGCCCAACGAGUUCGCUGCGCCUUCUAACCGUCGGCAGAGCAGUCUCGACCCUUCUGUAAAUCUGCCAGCAACGCAAGGGUUAAUGCGGUUCUUUGGCACUGGAAAGCUGACCUUUGUGAUACGCGGCACUGAUUUACGCGUAACCCGCUGCUUACAUUUCACCAAACACUGGGAGCCGGAGCCGCUGCUCCUGGGCGCUCUUCUCACUGGUUGUAUCCAAAAACGCUCCAUGGAAACCAAAUUCUCUUUGAUGCAUCUCAUUAAACCCUCAGCCAAUGGCGGUGGCACAUGACGCAUACAUGAAGGUCACUGAGGCUAGGACACGGGACACACACGUAUGACCUUCAGGGCCGCGCCAGCUUCGUAUUACAUCAAAUUAUGUCUCUAGUAACUUUUUCUGUGUUUUUUUUUUAUUUUAUUUUUUUUAACAACCAGUGAGGAUAAAUAACACCGUUCAGCCGAAAAAGCCCAGGAUGCUAAUGCAGUUGCCCCCCUCUGGGCUUGUACUCUCUGCCAGGAGGUGGGUUCAUGGCCGGCACCUUUCACAUUGCCAGACUCUGGAGUUCAUUCGGAAAAAUGCUGCCAAUUUUUUGUCGCUUUCCAACCUGAUCAUGGGGCUCACCUCCUUAUUGUGUACCCUUAAUGGGUUUCGCCAGUCGGCCUGCUGGCUGUUGCUGAUCGGGUUCAUGCUGGAUUUGGCUGAUGGAGCUGUUGCCAGACAACUAAAUGCGUGUUCUGCUUUGGGUGCAAAGCUCGAUGAUUUCGCUGAUUUCACGUCCUUUGGUCUGGCGACAGCUCUUCUCCUGCACACAGACAGCGUCCUCGACGCGCUGCUGGUCAUCGUUUAUGUUCUGGCCGUCUUCACGCGCCUCUGUUUCUAUUCGAGUGGUAUCCCCUUCGUAUACCGAGGACUGCCUUGUCCCUACGCGUCUGCCAUCUUGGCUUGUGCGUCUUUGUUGACUAGCGGUCACUUGGUGGCUCUGAGGGCCAUAGCCGUCAUAAUGAUUCUCUUCAUGGCUGACCAAGGCUUCUACCCUCAUGACAAGAUCCUGGAGUCUCAGCUCUGGAAAAAGGUGGUGUUUGUGGGCGGUGUGCUGAUCAUCCUCUGCUCCUUCUCCCCACUGGCCUGCUUAUACCACCUGACCUGGUCGGUGUCCUACAUCCUCUUCCCCAACACUCUGUGGAGCUUCAAGGUGUAACGGCCCGGAGGGGAAAGGCGGCUCCGAGUUCCCCUUCUUAAGGAAGCUCCGGGGUCUCCAGCACCGCAGCGAGGUCCCCGCGAACGCAAAGCUGUUCUGGAGUGAGAACUAUUCUGUGUUGAAGUGGGCAGCACAUACAUGCCGUCUAAUUAGGAGUAUUUUGCCGCGCAGCACGUGCGUUAUCAUUAGUGGAAGUUGCUGUGAGUUCAUUAUCUUCAAGGUCAAUGAUAAGAGGGGAAAUCUCAAGCUGCGGCCGCUCCGUUCCAAUAUCAGAGAGAUUUUGAGCUUUUUAGUUUCCCUUUUGUCUGCUGGUCUUCCAGGAGUCACAGAGCGGAGCCUCCGACAAACACACUGAGCGUGGGGAGCGCGGAGCAAUGUGCGCACAAAGCAAACCUCAUUCCACGGAAGGUAUACAUAGGAUGAGAACCACCAUUCAUCAGAUAAACCCACCAAGCACACGGAUUCCGCGGGGGGUUAGAGAAGAGCACAGAGCGCUUGUUGCAUGAUCGGGAAAAUGAUGCAUUUUGUAAGCCCCGGUCAGCGGUUUGGUUACCGGACCCAGAAUUCAUUGAGAAAACAUCCAUUUAUUAGAAGACUAUUCUGGCUGAACUGUGAAAUUGUGACAUAGUGUAACCAUGUGUGAUUAAAUAAAGCCAUUGUCAAUACA